CCGCGGUACCCGCUCCACCCGGCAUGCUCAGUCCUCAGGCCAGGCUUUGACUGCUGGACGCCAGCGCGCGGCCCCCUGCGCGCGGCCCGAGUGCCGGUCCCUUUAAAUCUGGCAGGUCCGUUGCUAGGCAACCGCGCGGCCCGCUCUGGCGCUGCACUGCGGUGGCUCAGGCCGGAGCCGGCCCGGCAGGGUCGCGGUGGCCUGAGCCAAACGAGGGGCUGCCGCGCGCCGGUGGUGAUUGGCUUUGAGGAAGAGAGGUCCGGGCUCUCCAGACCGCAACCACGUUUCCAGAUAUUGGAAGAGGGGCCUGGAGAAAUGGAUGCUAGAAGAAAACACUGGAAGAAGUAUAUGUUUACUCCUUUUUUUAGUGCACAGGAUGUUCUAGAAGAGACUUCUCAGCCUGAAUCUUCUUCUGAACAAACGACUACAGAUAGCAGCAAGAGAAUGGAAGAAAUUUAUAAUUUGUCCAGUAGAAAGUUUCAAGAAGAAAGUAAAUUUAGGAGGAAAAAAUAUAUUUUCCAACUAAAUGAAAUAGAACAAGAAUCAAAUUUAAGAGAGAACAAGAUAAACAUUUCACAGAACGAGACAGACACAAAUUCUACAUCCUAUGAAUCAUCUAAUGUGGAUGUUACAACCGAAGAAAGCUUUAACAGCACGGAAGAUAGCUCUACCUGCAGUACAGAUAACUUACCAGCUCUACUAAGACAAGACAUCAGAAAGAAACUUAUGGAAAGAAUGUCUCCAAAACUUUGCCUGAAUAUUUUGAAUGAAGAACUGGAAGAACUUAAUAUGAAAUGCAGAAAAAUAGAAGAGGAAUUUGAAAACGCUGAAAAAGAACUUUUGUACUACAGAAAAGAAAUAUUCACAAAACCUCUAAAUUUUCAAGAAACAGAGACGGAUGCUUCAAAAAGCGACUAUGAAGUUCAAGCUUUAAGAAAUGACCUGUCUGAAAAAGCAACAAAUGUAAAAAACUUAAGUAAACAACUCCAGCAAGCCAAAGAAGUCAUCCACAAAUUGAACCUAGAGAACAGAGAUUUAAAAGAAGCUGUUAGGAACUUAAAACAUCAAAUUAAGUUUGGAAAUGUGCUCCUAAAAGAAGAAAUGAAAUCGUAUUAUGAAUUAGAAAUGGCAAAGAUCCGCGGAGAGCUCAGUGCCGUCAAGAAUGAACUGAGAACUGAGAAGACCCUACAAGCAAGAAAUAACAGAGCCUUGGAGUUGCUUAGAAAAUACUAUGCUUCUUCAAUGGCAACAUCAUCAAGUAUCUUUGACCACUUUACUGGGGAUUUUUUUUAAAACUUAAAAAUAUCCUUCCAUUACACAAGUCAUUGAGCCAAAUCAGUGUUUAUUGUAUUUGCUUUGUGUAUUACUUAAAAUAUAUGUAAUAGGAUGUUAUUUUCAUUUUCGGUAAAUCACAGUAUCUAUAAAACAUA